CACUCGCAACACACCUACACACACACACACACUGAUAAACAUCGACACACGCAAGCUCGUACAGAACCCAAACUUAAGAGAGAAGCGAUCGUUUGCAAACCAAGGGUCUGUAUGGUUCAUGCAGGCUUUGGCAAUGGAAGUACAUACGUCGGAGGCCGCACGGAGCUAUUUCGAACCACACCAUGAUUUAACUCCUUCACUGGCGCUUGUGUCUGCAUGUCAGCCUUACGGGACUGUCGUAUCGGAAGCUUAUAGUGACGUGUACAACUGCUUGAAUUUCGCCCCAACGGCUAACGUCAACGUCGUCAGCGUAAACAGCGAAGAUGGCGGCAACGUGUUGUCAGCCAGCAGCGACCAGGAGAGGGCAAACGCGCUGUCUUCGGCGUCGUCGACGUCGGUAACUUCGGCGGCGUUAUCGUCAUCGACGCCAUCAUUGUUAACGUCCACCUCAACGUCGCUGUCAUCGUUGGCGUUACCCGCAUCGCAGCGUUCCGAAGUUCUGGCCAGCGUGGUCGUCAACCCCAAUGAGGAAUUAAGUUCGAUUGUCCAACAACAGGAUUACCGUUUAGCGAUUUUGGGAGCACCGACAACGAAGUCUUCUUCUAUAAACGUCAACUGCGGGAGUUUAACAUCACAGAUGGCGCAAACAGCAACGAACUAUUCACAAAGGUCCAGUCCAGUUGUGUUAGUAAACGCGGACAAUUCGAGUUGGCAGAACCAGAUUUUAAACCCGGGAAUUAGCAACGCCAAUCUCAUCCACAACCAAAACAACAACAUCAUAAACGCCUCUAAUAUCAUCGACAUGAACAGAACAAUUACAGCCGUGUCUGGCUAUCCCCAGCAUCACCAACACCACCUCAGAAGUAAUAAUAGCAAUAAUAAUAAUAACAAUAAUAAUAAUAGUAACCACAACAAUCACAACAACAACAACAACAAAAGCAGCAAUAACCGCCACCAUCAACCACAUCACAAUUACCAUCAUGAUGGGGGCCGAUCGCUAAAUACGGCAGGACAUUGCAAUAGUAAUAAUCUUAAUAGUAAUAAUAAUAAUAAUAGUCAUAAUAGUAAUCACAAUUAUAGUCAUCACAAUAAUAGCCAUCAUCAUAGCCAUCAUCACAAACCAAAGCGAAGACGGGUACAAACUCAAGCUCAACGCAAGGCGGCCAAUGUAAGGGAACGGCGUAGAAUGUUCCAUCUGAACGAAGCAUUUGACGAGCUGCGGAAACGUCUGCCGGCGUUCAAUUACGAGAAGCGACUGUCACGGAUCGAAACGCUGCGGCUGGCCAUGACUUAUAUCGGAUUUAUGCGAGAAAUAACCAGCGGCAAAGACCCGUGCAGCGUCGAGCUGCAGAAGCACAGAAACCUCACCAUUUUAUCGUCGUCGACGUCGUCGUCGCCGACGUCGGCGCGAUGUGAUAUGGAUGACGACGAAGACGACGACGACGAAGAUGAAGAUGACGAUAACGACGAAGUGGACGACGUUGACGAUGGUGUUGUUGUUGUCGGCGGCGGCGGCGGCGUCGGAGGGGCUGACGACGACGACGACGACGAUGAGAAGAUGACUUAAAAAGAGUCGCAACUUUGCUUCUCAUCGCUCACCUUUACCAAAACGGAUCUUUCUUUUGCACCAAAACAUUUACAAGGCCCCAACACAAUACAAUUGCCCCUUUAUUAUCAUCAUCAUCAUCAUCAUCAUCAUUAUUAUUAUUAUCAUUAUUAUUAUCAUUAUUAUUAUUAUUAUUAUUAUUAUUAUUAUUAUUAUUAUUAUUAUUAUUAUUAUUAUCAUUAUUAUUAUUAUUAUUGUUAUUGAUAUUAUUAUUAUUAUUAUUAUUUCGUUGUUGAUAUAUGUUUUUUCCAAAUAUCUUUCUGCCAUUGCAACAAGAUUCCCAUAACGCUUCCAGUCUUCGCAGUUAAAGGCUGAGCCAGACACUGCACGUUCGCAAACCACAAAAUAACAUCAUUCACCCCGACCCUUUACAAAAAAAAAAAAAAAAUUCACGCAAAACAAAGAAAA